AGACAAAUUGUUAUUAUUAUCCCUAACAUCUAAAUACAAACACGUUGUAUCUCAGCCCUAACCGCAAGAUAGACAUUUUCUCAAUACGACUCUGUCUUGCUCUCUUUUUCUAGGUUCCACGUUCACUCUGAAUCUGAGGUAUGGCGAAUUGUUGGAGGAACUCAUUGUUAGCUCCUCUCUCUUUCUUCUUCUUCUACUUCUUGGUAUCGUCGACCACCUUCGCCAGUUCCGAUGGCCCCUUCAUCAUCGCCCACAAGAAGGCAGCCUCUACUAAGCUGAAAUCCGGCACUGAACGGGUCUCCGUCACUAUUGAUAUCUAUAAUCAGGGAUCUGCGACUGCUUAUGAUUUGAGUCUUAAUGAUGGUAGCUGGCCCAAAGAUGCAUUUGACAUUAUUGAUGGUAACACUUCUAUGUCAUGGGAACGUCUUGAUGUAGGUGGUUCCCUAUCACAUUCUUUUGAGUUGGAGGCCAAAUCUAAAAAACUUUUUUAUGGUGCUCCAACAAUCAUAACAUUUCGCAUCCCCACUAGGGCUGCUCUGCAGGAGGCGUACUCUACCCCAAUAAUGCCUCUUGACUUGCUAGCAGAGAGCCCCCCUGAAAAGAAAUUUGACUUGGCAAAGGUAUGUUUUUAUUUCUAUUUUCUGCGUUAGUUUUACCAUAAUUAUCACCCCAAUCAUCGUCAUCGUCAUAAUGAAUAUUGUGGUAAAAUAUAUGGAAAUUGUGGGAUAUGUUACAAAGUCCAAGAGAACAUUAAUUUUUAUUUUGGGCAAUGGAAACUUCAUGUCUUCAUAGUUCAUAUCCUUUUUGGCUUACUAGACAUCAUAUGUAGCUUCAUGUGGUAUCAAGCAAGGUAGUCUAAAGCAAGCACCUGGGCGCUUAAGCACACCAGGCGCAGCGCACAUGAGGCUCAACAAGUGAACAACGGCCAGACGCAACUCCCCGUCUGAGGCGCAGUUUAGGCGCAGAAGUGUAGACGCUGAGAAAAGUGCAGACUUAAGUCGCCUGUGCUGGGAAAGGCUUAUCAGCCUAUGUUUUGUUUGAUCCUACUUUAAAUAAUAAGCCCAUACUUAUAAUAAGAUGUAGCCCAUCCAAACAACAGGUAAAAACAACUUAAACCCAUAUUAAACCCUUCUUAGUUCUUAGUCGUGGGAAAAGUCUUCUAUCUUCACUUAAUCGUUACUUUCCUAUGCUGCUAUGUGCUCUACUUGAGCAACAUGCUCAACGCUGAAACCAUUCAACGAUCAACCCACAUAAGUCAGAAACCCAUUCUUUUUGAGCAACCCAUAACCUUUCUUUUUGAGCUUGUAGUUUUCAUUUAUUUUGUCAUCUUCUUGGUGAUCCUUUUCAUUUUAUUCUUUCAUUCUAUCUUCAUUGUUUACUUUUAUCCGUUCCAGUCAUCUAUGCAUUAUAUGUACUCUAUAUGAUUUCAUCUUAUUUUAUAGUAUAUAAUUCUAUAUGUUCCUAUUAUCAUUUCAUAUUUUAACUGUAUAAAAACUUCAUAUAAUCUAACUCAAUUAAUAGUUUCAUACACUUGUUUAUGCUACUCCUAGUGCUGAAAUUGCAAACUCAACAAAGACAAACCCCACUUGGUGUUUUGUUUUUGUGAACCAUGAGUUUAUUUUGGUGAAUCUUGACUUUGUUUUUGAGAAACAUGACCUUUUGUUGCAUUUAGUUCAAUUUGAUGUUGCAUAUGUCAUAUUUGAUCACUCUAGAAUAAUAUAAAUAAUAUUUUCUAAAUAAUGUGCUUGAUCCGAGUCAGGCGAACGUUUUUAAGUUUAGCGCCUUAAGUGCGCCUCACGACUUUGACUACUGUGGUAUCAAGUUAAUCUAUAAUCAGAGUUAUAAGUCUGAAUAGUAACUCCAAGAUUUAGAGGCCGUUUGGUAGCACAAAAAUUGGUUGAAUCGGCUGAUUCUGUUGAAAUUUAUGAAGUGCUGACUGAAGUGGCUGGAUUGGCUGAUUCUGCUGAUGUAUGAAAAAAUUAUAUUUAAAAUAUUCUUUAUUAAUAAAAUAAAGAAAUACGUAUAUGAAAAUAGCUAAAAUCACCCUCUACAGUAACUUCAGCCAAUACAACCAGAAAAGUAACCCCAAUCUUACUUUUUCUUAUUAUUACACAUUUCAUCGCGCGAAAUCAAAAGUUACGUUUUUGGUGAAAAAGUUUGUUCAUGAGCUUGAUAAGCUGAAAAACAAGGUCACCAAACGGGCUCUUAAAGAUCUUUACCAAUCCUUUGAUUAAACAUUUGAAUUUUACCAAAAACUUAAACAUAAGUUUUUUCAUAUCGGCUUAACUUUAAUAUUUGGAGAUGCCUAUAUUAACAAAUUAUUUAAUGAAAUCAAUUUAUGAAGCAUGAAAGUAGGAAACAAGAAAAACAACAUUUUUACGGUAGGUUACAUUAAUGUGUGAAAACUUGCGAAAAUAGAAAAUAGUGCAUUACUGGGGUGUAGUUCACUUGGUAGGAGGAGGCUCUCACAAGGGAGAGGUCUCGGGUUCAACUCCAACCAAUGACUUGGGAUGGAGCCUCACUCUCUUUCCAUCAGAGUGAGAUCAAAGAUCUUUACAUCCUUUAGAUAGUUGUCAGGUCAGUUCCAGCCCCCCAGGGUGUCAUCCUUUCUUUCUCAAUAAUGAAUGUUCACAUUGUCCACAUUUCUGGUCAUCAUCAUUCAGGAACAUGUAAACGAGGGAAUUAUAUCUGAAAUGUGCAAAUACUUUCGUUUAAGUGUUUAGACAUCGUCUUAGUAAUGGGUUAUAUUGCCCUGCCCAUCUGGUCUGACUCAGAUGACCGGGUGCAACCUCUAACAUAGUGGCCGAAGAAGCUUGUUGUGUUCUCUGGAUCAUGCCCUGAAUAUGGUACCGUUCCCAUUUUUGGGUUUCCACGUACCUACCAUUGUCUCAUCUUAACUCCUGAUCCAGCGCAGUCCCGUCCUGUUGGUGAAUCAGACCUCUGUAAUUAGUCCACCAAAUCUGUUUGUGUUAUUAAUACUCCCUUCGCCCGUUGUCGUCCGUUAUAACUUCUGCACAUAUCUCAACCGUACUUUAUUAUUUCCCGUGCCAGUCAAACAUGUCAAAGUAUUGAGGGACAUAGGGAGUAUUAUAAUAUAAUUCUUUUUUAAAAUUAACAGCCCAAUAAUUUUGAUUUGACUCUUCAAAAAGUUUACGGUACAGUGCCCUAUAUUUCCCUUUUAAUUUAAAAAUGAAAGAACAAUGUUCAUAACAUUAGUUGCAAAUUGGGUAGCCAUCAUGUGGUUACCGUUACUUCCUUUAACUUACAGAGAAGCAAUGAUCCUUUUAUGUAAGGACUAUAAUCGAUGUUACAUGCAUGAUGGAUGGUCUCCAAUUGGGAAUAAGGAUGGGUUCUCUUUGACUGAACAAAGUGAUCUGAUCUGGAUUUUUUAAAGAUCUGAUCGGGUGUUGUGGACUUGUGGUCUGGUCUCACACUCUCAAACUCUCACCUGAACUAAUUGGAAAUUGGAAUAAGAAGUAAAAAAAAAAGAGAGUUUUGGCAAAAUAUGGGUCGUUGGCUUCUGUGAUCUCCAUUGUAGUUGUGUUUGUAUACCUCGUGGCAACACCAUCAAAAUCCAGCGCUGCAAAGAAGAAACGCUAAAUAAUAUAUUGAAUGAUUGGUCCGAUGGAAAGUCACUCAACACUCAGAAAUUGCGUUUCCUGAAUGGAUUGAAUAUUCUGUUUUAUUGUCUUUUGAGUUAGAUAGCGAGUCCGUAUUUUUCAUCCGUUAAAAGUUGUACUUUCUACCUAUUGCAGAACAAUUGAAGUUGCAAGACUUUGUUUGCAUCAUACAUUCAUAGCAACCCACUCCUAAUAAUACACAACCUUCCGAAAAUUACAUUUUUGGCAGUCGCGUCUGAACUCUGAAGUGCACAUACGAAUUGUUCUGGGGCUGCUUCCCUGUUUUUUAAAUUUAUUAAGGAAAUGUUUACAUCAAUGAUCCCAG